AAUCAAAUAGUUCUCGCCAAAUCAAACUCUCCGCUCAUCUCAUCUAUUGCAUGUAACGGUCUCUAUGCCCUUCAUUUUCACAACAAUUUUCACCAAAACCUCUCCCAUCAAUAAUGGCUAACCAACAGUUCGAUCCUCGAAGUGGCUUUUGCUCCCAAACCAACAUCUACCACAGCCCCCGCCCCUCUGUUCCUCUCCCUCCUCUAACCACCCCUCUCUCCAUCACUUCCUACCUCUUCUCUAUCCUUAAUUCCCACCCUCCGCCGCCGCACACCGCCGCCCUCAUCGACGCCCUCACCCGCCGCCGCAUUCUCUACUCUGACUUCAUCCUUCGCAUCAAAACCCUCGCUUUCUCCCUCAAAACCAAGUUUAACCUCUCCAAGAACGACACAGCUUUUGUUCUUUCCCAAAAUUCAAUCCACGUACCCAUUCUUUACUUUUCUCUCUUCUUAAUUGGUGUCACCGUCUCUCCUUCAAAUCCCGCCAAUACGAAACCGGAGAUUCUCCGCCAAAUUCAGCUCUCAAAACCGGUCAUUGCGUUUGCCACGUCAGAGGCUGCUGAUGUAAUCCCCUCGCUUAAAUGCGGCACUAUUCUUCUUGACUCGCUUGAGUUUGAAUCUUUCAUGACGAGCCAAUUGGAUGAACGGGAUUUGGAUUCUGAGCUGGACCGGGUAAGUGUUUCGCAGUUGGAUCCGGCGGCGAUUUUGUACUCUUCAGGGACGACGGGGAUGAUCAAAGGGGUGGUCUUGACUCAACGGAACUGGAUAUCUUCAUUGGCGGGAGCUCUUGCGGUUCGUUCAGUGAGGGAGACUCCCGCUGUUGCGUUGUGUGCGGUUCCGUAUUUCCAUGUCUACGGGUUCCGGUACUGUGUGACGGCGUUGGCGUUGGGGCAGAGUUUGGUGUGCAUGGGAAGGUUUUAUUUUGGGGUUUUCUUGAGAGCUAUCGAGGAGUUGAGAGUCAACCACGUGGCCUUGGCUCCACCCAUCGUUUUUAUGAUGGCUCAAGAUGGUGGUUCGAUGAACGGUUACGAUUUAAGCAAGCUUGAAAGUUUGGCCUGUGGUGGAGCCCCUUUGGCGUUGAGCAUUAUUAAAAAAUUAAAGCAACGUUUACCUCAAGUGCAACUAGCUCAGGGAUAUGGGCUGACUGAAUCAACCGGCCGAGUUUUUGGAACGGAGGGUCCAAAAGAAUGCCAGGUAGUCGGAGCUACAGGAAAACUUGCACCAAAUUGUGAAGCUAAAAUUGUUGACCCCGAUACGGGCAUUGCGCAGCCUCCUGGAAGACCUGGAGAGCUUUGGAUCAGGGGAUCAUUCACUAUGAAGGGUUAUGUUGGUGAUGAAGAAGCAACUGCUAAUGUUCUGGAUUCGGCGGGGUGGUUAAGAACUGGAGACCUUUGUUACAUAGACAAUGAGGGAUUUCUUUUUUACCUGGACAGGAUAAAAGAAUUGAUCAAAUACAAAGGAUACCAGGUUGCCCCAGCAGAACUGGAGCAUCUACUCCAAUCUCAUCCGGAUAUAGUCGAUGCAGCUGUGAUUCCGUACCCAGAUGAGCUAACAGGUCAAGUACCAAUGGCUUUUGUGGUGAGAAAAUGUGGAAGAAUCAUUGGUGAAUCAAAGAUCAUGGAUUUCAUUAACAAACAGGUUGCUCCAUACAAGAGAAUACGACAGGUGAAUUUCAUUAAUUCCCUUCCCAGGAAUGCGUCAGGUAAAGUGUUGAGGAAGGAAUUAAUCAAACUUGCACAAUCAAGUACUAUUUCCAAGCUGUAAAUUUUUUGGAAAUGCUGCAUUCAAUGAAUGCAAAUAAAUGAAAAUUCACACAUG